UAGAAAUUGGGGAGGCUUGGUGCGGGGAGGUGGCAUGGGGGAACCAGGGGAAGGGAAGAUUGGCGGGGCGAGAGAAAGAGAAACCCAGGGUAGCGGGACAAGGGGAAGGGGAGGGUUGUCCGGGAGCCUGGGGCCCUGGGAUGGAGAGGGAGAUGGAGCUGGCCAGGUUUGGAACAAACAUGGAAGGGAGAGGACAGGCAGUGAGGAGGGGCGCCUGGGAGGAGGGGUGAGGCUGAAUCGCAGGAUAGUGUGUUUGGGGGAAGGGAGACCAGAGCAGGUAUGGAGGCCGCUGCUCAGAAGGUAGCUAUGGGACCAGGUUGGAGACCCCCAGGUGGGAUUGAGGGGCGGGGACUGGAAGAGGGUAGCCGGGAGUCUCUCAGAUCCUGGAGGAGGAAGAAGGUGAUUUGGGCCAUCAGAGAGAGAGGCAGAGAACAUCGCUGAGGGGCCAGGGCACAGGAAGAGGGGUAGACAGAAGCCGGGGCCAGACGAAGAACUGGAAGGGAAGACAGCGGGGGAUGGAAAUAUUUGGAUGGUAUUAUUGUAGAUGCCCAACUCAGAGUGCUCCCACCCUUUCUCCAAUAUUCCUGCCCUGCCCUCAUGACACCCUCCAGCCUCAAGGCCCAAGAGGGAGUGAGGAGUCUGACUGUUCCCCCUUUUCCAAUGGGGUGCAAUGUACACAAGUAGGCCCAGGCAUAACUCCUUGUCUGUUGGUAUGUCCAGUUCCAUGCAGCCUAUUUGUCUGUCUGGAGGUCUGUGUGUGCUGUGGGUGUGUCAGGUGUUUAUGUCUGUUUAUGUCUGCCUAUUUCUAGGUUGUGUUUACCUACGUCGAUCUAUGUGUCUAGUCCUCUGUUUGUAGAUAUGGGUCUAUGGCCCUGUGGUUUGUGUGUUUGAAUGUAUGUUUAUGGGUCCUGUCUGUGGAUCAAGAUGUAUUUACAGGAUGGAAAUCUGUAUUCAUCUGAUCUCUCCAGAGUGUGUAAUUUUGGCUCUGAACACCUAUAUCAGGAUGUGUGACUCUGUGUACACAUGUCCGUGUCUAUUUGUCUGUGGGUUCCAGAGGCAGUGUUGGGUUUUCUGUACUUCUAUCUUUUUAUCUCUCUCUGAGGCCCCGAGUCAUGUCUCUGUUCCUUUCUGUCUCUCUCAUUCAUUCUUGGCCCCCACCCGUCCCACAUCUUUCUUUUUUUCUUCCCAUCUCCCCACCACAAGUGGAUCCGGGACCCAGGGAGGGUCGCCCCCCGGGCCUGGCAGCAUUGAGCAGGGCCCCCCAGCCCCCACCUCCUGCCCCACGACAUGAACCUCCUCUACCGAAAAACCAAGCUGGAGUGGAGGCAGCACAAGGAGGAGGAGACCAAGAGGAGCUCCAGUAAGGAAGUGGCUCCCGGAGGCCCGGUGGGGCCUGGGGCUGGUCCGGGGCCUGGAGUUCGAGUGCGGGAUAUCGCCUCACUGCGCCGCUCCCUCAGGAUGGGCUUCAUGACAAUGCCUGCCUCCCAGGAGCACACCCCCCACCCCUGCCGCAGCGCCAUGGCCCCACGCUCCCUCUCCUGCCAUUCGGUGGGCAGCAUGGACAGUGUGGGAGGUGGGCCUGGGGGAGGCGGUGGAGGUCUCACCGAGGACAGCAGCACCCGAAGACCCCCAGCCAAGCCUCGGAGACACCCCAGCACCAAGCUCAGCAUGGCAGGGUCAGGGGCAGAGAUGCCCCCUAGCAAGAAAGCAGGCUCACAAAAGCCAGCCCCAGAGGGCCGAGAGUCCAUCCGGAAGGUUCCUCCACAGAAGCCCAGGCGAAGCCCCAAUACCCAGCUCUCUGUCUCUUUCGAUGAGUCCUGCCCUCCAGCCCCCUCUCCUCGAGGGGGGAACCUGCCCCUUCAGCGCCUCAGUCGGGGGUCCUGCAUCACUGGGGACCCUGAGGUGGGUGCCCAGGAAGAAGAGCCAGUGUACAUUGAGAUGGUGGGGGAUGUCUUCAGGGGAGGAGGGCGAAGUGGAGGGAGCCUGACUGGGCCCACUCUUGGGGGUGGGGGCCCAACCCCUCCAGCUGGUGCUGACUCGGACUCGGAAGAGAGUGAGGCCAUAUAUGAAGAGAUGAAGUACCCACUGCCUGAGGAGGCAGGGGAAGGCCGGGCCAAUGAGACCCCUCCACUGAACACCACAUCCUUGCCACAUCAGCCUCAUGCCCUCCAGGCCCACACCCACCGCCGACCAUCCUCAGCCCUCCCAGGCCGGAGGGACGGGACGCCCACCAAGACUGCUCCUUGUGAAAUCCCGCCACCCUUCCCCAACCUCCUCCAGCACCGUCCUCCGCUCCUGGCCUUCCCCCAAGCCAAGUCUGCUUCCCGAACCCCUGGCGAUGGGGUCUCAAGGCUACCGGUCCUCUGCCACUCCAAGGAGCCAGCAGGCUCCACCCCGGCUCCCCAAGUGCCUGCCCGGGAGCGGGAGACACCUCCUCUACCGCCUCCAACUUCUGCUGCCAACCUGCUGCUGCUGGGACCCUCAGGCCGGGCCCGGAGCCACUCGACACCGCUGCCACCCCAGGGCUCUGGCCAGUCCCGGGGAGAGCGGGAGCUCCCCAACUCCCACAGCAUGAUCUGCCCCAAGGCGGCAGGGGCGCCGGCAGCCCCUUCUGCCCCGGCAACCUUGCUCCCCGGCCCCACCAAGGACAAGGCUGUGUCUUACACCAUGGUGUACUCAGCAGUCAAGGUGACCACGCACUCCGUCCUGCCAGCUGGGCCGCCCCUGGGUACUGGGGAGCCGAAGACGGAGAAGGAGAUCUCAGUCCUCCAUGGGAUGCUGUGCACCAACUCGAGGUCCCCUGUGCCAGGGAAGUCCAGCCCCCACAGUGGGGCUAUGGGCACAGCAGCUGGAGUUCUCCAUCACCGCAGCUGCCUGGCCUCCCCACACAACCUUCCGGACCCAACUGCAGGCCCCCUGACCCCACUCUGGACCUACCCAGCUUCCGCAGCUGGGCUCAAGAGACCCCCUGCCUAUGAGAGCCUCAAGGCUGGGGGGGUGCUGAAUAAGGGCUGUGGAAUGGGGGCCCCAUCCCCCAUGGUCAAGAUCCAGCUGCAGGAGCAGGGGACCGAUGGAGGUGCCUUUGCCAGUAUCUCCUGUGCUCACGUCAUCGCCAGUGCGGGGACACCAGAAGAGGAAGAAGAGGAGAUGGGUGCCUCGACAUUUGGGGCAAGCUGGGCUCUGCAGAGGAAGGUCCUGUAUGGAGGGAGGAAAGCAAAAGAACUGGACACAGAAGUUGAAGAUGGUGCCCGGGCCUGGAAUGGCAGUGCUGAGGGUCCAGGCAAGGUGGAACGUGAGGACAGGGGCCCUGUGGUAUCAGGGAUCCCAGUGAGGAGCCAGGGGGCAGAGGGCCUGCUGGCCAGGAUACACCAUGGAGGGGACCGAGGAGGGAGCCGCACAGCGUUGCCCACCCCCUGCCAGACCUUCCCAGCCUGCCACCGAAAUGGAGACUUCACAGGAGGCUACCGCCUGGGGCGCUCUGCCUCCACUUCUGGAGUCCGGCAGGCCUCGCUCCACACACCCCGGCCCUGCAGCCAGCCGCGGGAUGUUCUGAGCCAGACCCACCCUGCACUGCCGCUUCCUCUGCCCCUGCCGCCUCAGCCCGCCCGCGAGCGCGAUGGCAAGCUGCUGGAGGUCAUCGAGCGCAAGCGCUGCGUGUGCAAGGAGAUCAAGGCGCGCCACCGCCCCGACCGGGGCCUCUGCAAGCAAGAGAGCAUGCCCAUCCUCCCCAGCUGGCGGCGGGGGCCUGAGCCCCGCAAGUCCGGCACCCCGCCCUGCCGCCGGCAGCACACUGUCCUCUGGGACACUGCCAUCUGAGGAGGGCGGGAGGCCGGGGCCUCGGGACUGGGGAGCGGGGCGGGGCUCUCUGGGAGACUUGCCUUGAAAGAGGGUCGCUUGAAGGACCAAGUGAGAGAGAGUCAGGAAGAACCCCUGCCCUCCUCCCUAACCGCCGGAGUCGGGGAGUCUGUCAGGCAUAUCGGGCUUGGGGGCGCCAGCAGCAUCCCUAGAAAUUUGGGGAGGAGGAAGUUUUGCUUCAGGCUGGAAGUAAGGCCCCCGCUGUUCUCCCAACUGAGCAUGGUAGACCCCGCCUCCUGAGAGGGCAAAGGCCAAGCCAGAGGUCAGCAUGGGGGAGGAGGGAAGGGUUAGGCAGGAAGGGGGGCGGGUCAAUUGAAGAAGAGGGACUAGAGAGUGAGAGGUGCAGGAAUUCUUUUAUAGGGUCGAGAAAUGGGGAGGGCGUAUUUAUUUUGUUAUUUAUUUUAAUCUGGAGGGCAAUGCUGGGUCCUCCCACCUACUCCUGAGCAGGGAGUAGGGAAUCGAAGGCAAUUAAUGGGAACCAAUUUUGCACUCUCCCCAAUGCCUACAGGCCCCACCAUCCAAGCCCUCCUCAAAGCUAGGGAUUGGUUUGGAGUGUGGACUGAAGCAGAAGGGAGGCUGAGGGCAGCAGACUCAUUUACAGUACUUACAAGUCGCCAGAAUUUGGUAGUGAGAAUGACCUGCUGUGAAACAGGCAUCUUCUUUAGCUCUGGAGUGAGGAUCUGCCCCCAGGGAUGGGUGGGAUGAAGGGGAAGGAGAGAAAUU